CACGGAGCUUCGGGAGGACGUCAGCGAGCAGGCGCGCAGGACAGUUUUCUCGAGAGUGUCUUCAGUAUGAUGUUGCGGGCAGUGUUUCUGGUGCUUAUUGGCACGUGCGUGGCGUGGGCCGAGCGCGACCUGGAUCGCCUGGUGGCAGGGCGCCCGAUCCGGCACGGCGUCCCGGGCGUGCAGACCUUCGGCGAUGCCGCGGUACAGGCGAGGCCUCAGGAUCUCACGCGGCCUCUCCCUCGUCCUCCACACCUCAGGAACUCUCCCACUCCGCCUCCCGGUUUCCAGCAGCGCCCUCAGGUCCAGCCGACGCCGCCUCCGGGAUACCAGCCUAAGCCCCAGGUGCAGCCGACGCCUCCUCCUGUCCAAACUCUGCCGGAGGCGCUGCACGAGGAAAAAACGGCACCACUGCCUCCGAAGAGCGAACUCCUGAGGCCGUUUCCUCGUCCCGGAAGGCCACAGACGCUUCCAGGCCUGGCGGAUGGCACUGGUAGCCCCGAGCCCCUGCCUGCCCCCCUGCCCCAGCGCCCCCAGACGCUCCCCGCACCCCUGCCCGGGACGCCCAUCGUCCUCCCGGGAAUCCUACCGGUGAUCCCAGAGACCCUGCCGGCCACGCUCCCGGAGGACAAGGCCGCGCCCCUGCCGCCCAAGUCUCAGCUCACCAAGCCGGCCCCUCACCCUCAGCCCCUUCCAGCUGCCCUCCCUCAGGGCGUCCAGACCCUGCCCGCUGUGCUUCCAGGUCGCCCCCAGACGCUCCCAGCUGACCUGACGGAGGAGAAGACCGCGCCCCUGCCGCCCAAGUCUCAGCUCACCAAGCCGGCCUUUCGCCCUCAGCCCCUUCCAGCUACCCUCCCUCAGGGCGUCCAGACCCUGCCCGCUGUGCUUCCAGGUCGCCCCCAGACGCUCCCAGCUGACCUGACGGAGGAGAAGACCGCCCCCCUGCCUCCUAAGUCAGAGCUUACUAAGCCGGCCUCUCGCCCUCGGCCCCUUCCAGCUGCCCUCCCUCAGGGCGUCCAGACCCUGCCCGCUGUGCUUCCAGGUCGCCCCCAGACGCUCCCAGCUGACCUGACGGAGGAGAAGACCGCCCCCCUGCCUCCUAAGUCAGAGCUUACUAAGCCGGCCUCUCGCCCUCGGCCCCUUCCAGCUGCCCUCCCUCAGGGCGUCCAGACCCUGCCCGCUGUGCUUCCAGGUCGCCCCCAGACGCUCCCAGCUGACCUGACGGAGGAGAAGACCGCCCCCCUGCCUCCUAAGUCAGAGCUUACUAAGCCGGCCUCUCGCCCUCGGCCCCUUCCAGCUGCCCUCCCUCAGGGCGUCCAGACCCUGCCCGCUGUGCUUCCAGGUCGCCCCCAGACGCUCCCAGCUGACCUGACGGAGGAGAAGACCGCCCCCCUGCCUCCUAAGUCAGAGCUCACCAAGCCGGCCUCUCGCCCUCACCAGACCGAGGACGACGAUGGCUUCGCCCCACUUCCAACGGGCCCUCAGGUCCAGCCCAGACCGCCUCCCGGGGACCUUACCAAGCCCGCCCCCCGACCACCUCGCCCGCAGGUGCAGCCCACGCCCCCGUCAGGCUUUCAGUCCGCGCAGACCCUGCCAGCGGAGCUUCCAUCAGACAAAACAGCGCAGCUUCCUCCCAAAUCGGAGCUUCUGAAGCCCGCCCCCCGACCGCCCCGCCCGCAGGUGGACCCAAGACCCGCCCCGGGACAGUUUACCAAGCCAGGUUCUCGCCCUAAGGACUCUGACGAAAACGAUGGCUUCGCCCCCCUUCCAACGGGCCCUCAGGUUCAGCCCAGACCGCUUCCCGGGGACCUUACCAAGCCUGCCCCUCGACCACAACGCCCACAGGUGCAGCCCACGCCUCCGUCAGGUUUUCAGCCCGCGCAGGUCCUCCCCGAGAGACUGCCAGCCGAUCUGAAACCAGCCGCGCGUCCUCAGAGCCAAGCAAGACCUGCGGCGGGCGAACUGACCAAGCCAGCCUCGAAGCCCGUGCGUCCGCAGCUCCUGCCGGGGGGACUGAGCCAGAACCCCGACGAGAAGCAGCUCUUCCGCGAAGACGCUGGGCCCUUCGCCUCCCCCGCCGAGGUCCCGGAUGUCCUCGCGUCAUUUCCGUUUCCCUCCCAGUUGACGCAGGUCCCUCGAGAUGUGCGGUUCUCGUGUCGGAACCGCUAUCCGGGGAUGUACGCCGACCAGGAUUACGACUGCCAGGUGUUCCACUGGUGCCUCGGCGAUGAGAGGAUGUUCAGCUUCCUGUGCGGGUUCGGGACCGCUUUCAACCAGCGCCUCUUGACCUGUGACUACCAGCAUCUGGUCCGGUGUGACCUCGCUGACCAGGCUUACGACGUCAACGCCAGAGUGUGGAAUGAAGACGGUGACUUCAUAUUCUGAAACGAAUUUGUUUCAGUAAGAUAAAUAUUAUAAUAACGAUAAUCAUCCUUAUGUAUAUGUAUAUGCAUACAUGACGUAUUGGAAUGAGAUUAUAUUCCUUCGUAAAUAACUUUGUUCAUAAUAAAUACAAUAGAUAAAUCCUUGGACAUAGUAACUGCAGAUUGUUGAUAUGUGCCGUCAGCACUUGAAUCAUCGUGUUUAGAUAACACAAGACAUUUUGUAUUUACUGCCUGUAUUUUCAUGACAGCAGUCUCUUGCAAAGAGAUGGGGAACUGCAGCGUUGGACUUGUCACUGGAAUCUCUCUUGGCACAUUAACUUGCCAGUAAAAUAAUUCUUUGAGUAAUGUCAAGGACUGUUCACAGAAUAUACUUCUUCUAGCCUUACCGUAUGUACAAAAUAUUGAUGUCAUACUGUAUAUGUAUAUACAUAUAUAAAUAUAUAUAUAUAUAUAUAUAUAUAUAUAUAUAUAUCUUAUAUAUAUCUUCAGCCCGUAUCAACAGGACAAACUCCUCCCUGUCACGAAAAUACACGCAAUAAAUACAAAAAUGCAAAGUCCAACACUAGAGUUCCCCAUACUUUCGCAAGAGAAUGCAAUCAUGAAAAUACAGGCUUUAAAUACCUUUAAAUGCCUUGUAUUAUGUCUCUUGCGAUCUCUCUUUCCCGUCUCAGACCCUGAAUUUCCCUGUGUUUUGUCCCAUCCAACACAGGCCUUGUCUCUGGCCACCUUGUUUGCUUUUAGUGGGAAUCCAGCUUGUAAUCAACCCCCCCCCCCUGUUCCCUAGACUUCCUGGAAUCUAAUGUAUCAGGAGAGUGAAAUGCACCACCGGGAACAGCUGACACCACAGUUUAGGUUUGCUCAUUUUUUUGGUCCAUCUAUACCUCCCACUUUAUGAAUUAUAUCUUUACACGUUUUUGGUGUUUCAUUAUCUUCACGACAACUCAUAAGAAUUAGUAGUUUUACUUCUGCAACUUCUGAAUCUUUUCCCAGGUCUAUGCUAUCGUCUUCCGGCGAUUUCUCUUUUCCAUGGCCGUACUGUACUUGCUGAAAUGACACAGUCCGUCGCUGUCUGGAUAGUUGCUUGAAUUGUAUACAUCACUGGAGAAAUUCUAUUGUAUUAGACACCUCC